UUCAUUUCGACAGUCACAUGCGCUUGUGUGUUUAGUUUCACUUCCGUGUUCGGUAACUGUCUAAUGUAGCUUGCUAACAUCUUAUCCCCGCUCGCAUAGUUUUUGGAAAACUGGGUUUCUCGAGCGGGAAGGCGCAACUCGUUUGCAAACAACGUUUAUUUGAGACGCACGGCCACAUGCAAACUUAUAUUUCUGUCCGCAUGACGAACUAGGCUCGGCGCCGUGUGUCGCUGCCAUCACACUCCAGCUCCGCGGCACCGACGAGGCUAACGUUAGCGUCCAGGUGGCUACAUUUUGAGUCAACUUCGACUUUUGUAUGCCACAUUGUAACCGCAUAAAAAGCCAGUUUUCUCAUUCCUGCUGCAGGAACUCAUGAAGGUGUCAAACAGACCCACCAGAGUGGCCUUCCUGGUGUGGACCCUGGCUGUCAAGCUGGUCCUGUGUGGGAUAGGAGUGUCCGCCAGCAACAACACCAAGAACUGUCGACUGUAUUCUGAGUCUAAGUCAGAGCGGAAAGUCCUCAGUAGGCUGGAGCCACUCACCAAUAAGAACAUCACAGCCGAGACUAAGAAUGGGAAAGAGAGCUACACAUAUGUGUUCCAGUUAUGUGGGGAUGCCGGGGGCGUCCAAGGAGCGGGACUCAUUCAGGUUGACAGCAAGUCAGAGACACCGAAGCCAACAAUAAUUGGCUCAUAUAAUGCAACACAGGCCAUAGGAGGAAGUGACUGGAUAAUGUUGAUCUACAGAAAUGGUGAUAAAUACGAUGGCCAUUGUUCCAAGGAAAAUAGAAAAGCCAUUGUGAUGAUCUCCUGCAACAGGAAGACAGAGAUGGGCCCACUGGAGGUGAUUCUGGAGGACCGAGACCGAAAGGAGGACUGUUUCUACCUGUUCGAGCUGGACUCCAGUGUAGUGUGCCCAGUUCUUCAAUCCCACCUCAGCAUUGGCUCCAUCAUACUCAUAAUUGGGUUUUGUCUCCUGGCUGUUUACCUUAUCGGAGGAUUCCUCUACCAACGGUUAGUUGUUGGAGCAAAAGGGAUGGAGCAGUUCCCAAAUUAUGCCUUCUGGGUGGAAGUUGGCAAUCUAACAGCGGAUGGAUGUGACUUUGUGUGCCGGUCACGAAAUCGAGAUGAACCACCAAGAUACAGGGGAGUUUCCACAGAACCCUUGGAGGAUGAACCAGAAGAGAGGGAUGACCACUUACUACCAAUGUGACCUGGAUGUGUCAGAAGUGGAAGAGAACUUUCCACUGUGUGAUGCUGUUUUCUAUUUCAGAGGAUAGAUGAAGUAGCUGCUAGACACAGGUCGAGGUCAGCGUUCCCCUCCUGACUCAGUUCAGGACAUGUUUUCACUAUAUAUAUGUAUGUGUAUGUGUAUAUAUAUAUAUAUAUAUAUAUAUAUAUAUAUAUAUAUAUAUAUAUAUAUAUAUGUAUAUGUGUGUGUGUGUGUGUGUGUGUAUGUAUGUGUAUGUAUGUAUGUAUGUAUACACACGCACACACACACACACACACAUACAUAUACAUACACAUACACAUGAGACAUGUGCCUAAGGGCAACUUCUAUCUGAUGUGUUUGUCACAGAACAGUGCAAGUUCCCCAGUGGGCUGAAAGACCUGUUUCCUCUCUUAUCCCAAGCACUUCAGUCUUCUGUUUGAUUUCAAACAAAUAGAUGAACCAUCACAGGUUAAAACGUGACAACAGAGCAACAUUUUUUUUCUGUCCAAUCUGCACAAAAGGGAGAAGUUGAGAUUUUGGUUUUAUGAAUAAAAUCAGUGGUUUAGUGUUCCUCAUUUUCUGCUUAGCUGAUGAUUGUUUAGGGUUAUUCAGAUUGCACUGAGGUGAAAGUUUUUCAUCCUGAGGUCCUGCUGGUUGUGCACUGAUCAUUUUUGGAUAAUUAUGGGAGCACCUCUGUGUAAUAUCAGGGUAUGGCCUGUUGUGAACGUGUGAUAACUAACACUGAAUGAGUUUUCUGUCAGUACAUUUUAUUUUCAGUUCUAAUGUUGUGACUGUACUCACAGCCUUACUUCACAAAUACAAAUCACUGCUGAAGGCAGAGCUUCACAUUUGAUCUUUAGUUGGGCAUUUUUCUGUCCCUCACUUUACUGGAGAAACAUUUUGACAUUUGUUUAUGACAAAUGUCAAUAUGUUAACAUAUGUUUGCCUAAACUGGUAAGCAGAGUUGGUGUUCCUCAUUGAAACCUAGUGGAACUAGCUUCAUGGUUGUGGCUAACAUUUCCCCUUGAUUUCAAAUAGAAAGGUCAACAAUGCUAAUAAGCAAAUUAAGGGAAGCUGAAGUACAACGUUUGGAAUGUUUUUUUCCCAUUAAGAAAAUUAUCAGAAGAAAAUCAACCCACCAAAAUUCAAAAUCUUAUUGUAUCCCUUUAAAAUUACAGGUUUCUGCUUUUACAUGUUGCAACAUUAAUAUAUACACUGGGAAUAAAUUUAUGAUGUCAGCACUUCAUAAAUUAUUUGUGAAUCCAGGAGAUGAUGAUGAACAUUACACAGACAUUUACAGCCCUACUGUAGGUUCUUGCAGUUUGCUUAAAAAAAAAAAA